UCUCUGUGCUUCAAUUAGAGCUUCAAUGGCGGGCUUCUUGUCGUCAAGCCUCUCCACUCUUCCCUCUGCUUCACAAGACCUGCUUAAGGGAAGACAUCCCAAAAAAUCAGCUUCUUGUAGAAUUUCAAGCCUAGCAGCGAGCAAAAGAGGAAUUCUCAAUGCAAGUACUACCUGUAGUUCAGGGGUAUCAACUAUGGUUCAACUAUUAAUGAGAUAAAUUUCUCAUCAAACUAGUGUCCUAUCAAAUUUUCAUCCAGAAUAGGUUUUUACUUGAUGUUCAGUCAUUGCAAAGCAGAAGUGAAGAAAAGCUGCCACUAAAAGUAAGAGCAAAAAAUGUCACUGGCAUUACAUUUUGAUUUGCACAACUGUUUUCAGUUGAGGAUAAAAUAGAAAUAAAUCCAAAGUUAGACAUUAUUAAUUUCUGCAGCCUUGUCAAGCAUAUUUAUACAAUCUCAUUCAUGGCAUCUUAUUUUCACUUGCAUAACCUAAGAAUAUUACAUUAUAAAUUAUAUGUGCAGCAUCCAACCUUCUUGCACUUGGCAGCGCAAAUACAGAGAUAUUUUCCAUCAAUUGGGGCCAUCAUCAUUGUUUAACAGCAACUUCAGAGCAAUUUGGUGAAAUUAUUUCUUCUUGUUUGCAUGUAUGUUGCUGUUCUCAUAUGAUAAUAACUGGUUACUGGGUAGGACCUGAUAUUGAUGAUGGUUGGGGAUUUGUAGAAGCUUUUCUUGAUCAGAGUACUUGAUUUUGCCAAUGUGAUAGUGGUAUCCAGAUGUUUAUUCCUUUUCUUGAUAUGAUAGAUAUUGAAUGUGAAAGGUUCUGGGAAAGAUCAAUUUAUCAUAUAAAUCGGAUAUUUUUCU